AAAAGGUACUGCCGAUUUUCUUCCAUUAUUUACUCUUUGCACUUUUUCCUCUGCUUCCCUAACUACCUUUAUUAUACUUAAAAAAAUAUAAUUUCUUUUUGGGGCCUUAAAAUAGUUUUAUUUAUUUUUUAUGUGAGGGGUCCAUUAUUUGCGAAAAUAGUCCCCAAAACAUAUUGGGAUUGAGCUAGUACAGCGUAAAGCAAACUUUCUAACUUUGUGUCUGUGUGAAGCAGCAAUCAUGCAGAUCUUCGUGAAAACCCUAACAGGGAAGACCAUCACCCUUGAAGUUGAGAGCAGCGACACAAUCGACAACGUCAAGACCAAAAUUCAGGACAAAGAAGGGAUACCUCCUGACCAGCAGAGGCUAAUUUUUGCUGGCAAACAGUUGGAAGAUGGUCGAACUCUGGCUGAUUACAAUAUCCAGAAAGAAUCAACACUUCACUUGGUUUUGAGGCUCAGAGGAGGAACUAUGAUUAAGGUGAAGACUCUCACUGGAAAAGAAAUUGAGAUUGAUAUUGAACCCACAGACACCAUUGAUCGAAUUAAGGAACGGGUUGAGGAGAAAGAAGGAAUACCUCCUGUGCAGCAAAGGCUUAUUUAUGCUGGAAAGCAGCUAGCGGAUGAUAAGACAGCUAAGGAUUACAAUAUUGAAGGCGGUUCUGUUCUUCAUCUUGUUCUUGCUUUGAGGGGUGGUAGUCUUUAGAUUGCACCAAAUUUGGUUUAAUAUGUCCAACCAUUAUCCAUGAAUUUAUCAUGACAGUUUCCUUUUUUUGUUUUCUCUUUACCUUUUCUAAUGUAAUUUUGGAAGAACCAUGAAAACCUGUUAAAGCUGAGAUUGGAUUGAUUUCCCCCUAUAUAUGUGGAAUGGCGCUUGUUCUCUUA